AUGACGACGCCGACGGCGACGACGACGACGGCGGCGACGCGCGCGAGCGCGAGCGCGAGGUCGAGCGACGCGCCGAGUUUGACGUUCGCCGCGAUCGCGCGGAGCCUGAUCGCGGGCGGCGUCGCGGGGGGAGUGUCUCGAACGGCGGUGGCGCCGUUGGAGCGGUUGAAGAUUUUGCAACAGGUUUCGUCGAGUUCGGCGUAUAAUGGGGUGUAUUCGGGGCUGUCGCACAUGUGGAAGACGGAGGGCGUGAAAGGUUUGUUCAAAGGAAACGGCGCGAACUGCGUGAGAAUCGUGCCGAAUAGCGCGGUGAAGUUCUUUUGUUACGAACACAUGGCCCACGGGUUGUUGGAUUUGAGGCGAACGUUCGAUAAAGACGCGGAGAUGGAUGUGUUGACGCGCUUGGGGGGGGGCGCCGGGGCGGGCAUCGUCGCCAUGUCGGCGACGUACCCUCUGGAUAUGAUUCGAGGGCGAUUGACGGUGCAAAAGUCUGCGGCGGACGCCGCGAAGAGUGGGGGGGCAAAUUAUCGAGGUAUUUAUCACGCGUUUACGGUUAUCGCGCAAAAGGAGGGUUUCGGGGCGUUCUACAAGGGAUGGACGCCAUCCGUCAUCGGCGUAAUCCCGUACGUGGGCUUAAACUUUGCCAUUUACGAGACGCUCAAGGACCAGACGGUGAAGAUGCAAGGGUUGCGAUCAGCGUCUGAUUUGAGCGUUUUCGCGGGAUUAGUCUGUGGGGGUGUCGCGGGUGCGGUCGGUCAAACCGUGGCCUAUCCUUUCGACGUCUGUCGACGUCGUUUACAAGUCUCCGGCUGGGUCCAAGCCGGCGUCCAAGCCGGCGGUCCCGUGUACACGGGCAUGUUCGACUGUUUCCGUCGUACCGUCGCCGAGGAGGGCGUCUCCGCCCUGUUCCACGGUCUCAGCGCCAACUACAUCAAAAUCAUGCCCUCGAUCGCCAUCGCCUUCGUCGUCUACGAUCAACUCAAGAUCAUUCUCAAGCCGGAAAUCAAAAUCUCCGCGGGCUGA